AGAAAAUAUUCCCCACCAUCAUUCUCAGCUUCAGGCGUCAGUCACUUAUCCUCUGGAACAUAACAUACAUUACACCUCCAAAAUGUCGGAUACCACUUCCGUCGGGCCCCCAAUUCAACUUCCUGUCCUGGAUAUCUCCAACCCUAAUGAUCCAGCGGUGGGGAAGGCCAUGCUCGAUGCGGCCACAAAGUACGGCUUCCUUUAUGUGGAUAGCAAGGGAACAGACUUUACCGCAGAGGAUGUCCAGAGGGCCUUUGACCAGUCCAAAGCUUUCUUCGCAUCCCCGGCGCAGGACAAGGAAACCUGCCGCAUCCAGUCGAAUAACCGGGGCUGGUCUGGAAUGCAUACGGAGACACUUGAUCCUGAGCAUCAACGAACUGGCGACUUUAAAGAAGCAAUGAAUUUUGGUGAAUUCAAAGACGGCAAAGCCCAACAGCCUCUGCCUCCCUCUCUCGCCCCCCAAGAGACCCAAAUAGGCCAUUUCGCAGAACUAUGCAACAAAACCUGCGCGCGGAUCCUUAAGCUUCUCGCCCUAGGACUCCAGAUAUACAAGAUACCCGACGACUUCUUCACCUCCCGCCACGACUCAACCCAGGGCCCAACAGGCUGCAUCCUCCGCUACUUAUACUACCCCUCCAUUUCCCGCCCGGAAACCUCCUCGUACAAACAUGACAUCGACGUGCGCGCCGGCGCCCACUCCGACUACGGAAGCAUCACGCUUCUCUUCCAACGACCAGGCCAGCCGGGUCUCGAGAUCUUGACGUCACACGAGGAGGGCACUUGGGCUCCUGUGCCCGUGCAGCCAUGGGCCUCGGCCGACGCCUCGGCCGACGAAGAAACCAGCAGAACCCAACAUCAUCAUCACGCCUUCCCGCCGCCCAUCCUCGUCAACAUCGGCGAUCUCCUCAGCUACUGGACCGACGGACUGCUCAAGUCCACCGUGCACCGGGUUGUCUUCCCGCUUUCCGAGCAGCGCAGCCCCAGCCCCAGCCCCAGCGCCGAGGACCGGUACAGUAUUGCGUUUUUCUGCCACCCGUUGGAUGCGACGGAGCUGGUCCCCGUGCCGAGCGAGGUGGUUAGGGUUUAUCGGGAGGAGCGCGGGGAGAGAGGGUUGCGGCCGGAGGAGAAGGUCGGGUUUGGUGGUGGUGCGGGCGGGUUGGAGCCGGGGAGGAGGGCGUUGACUGCGUCGGAGCAUUUGAUGUCGCGGUUGAAUGCGACGUAUAGUUUUAGAGAAGGGGGUUCUUCUGCUGCUGCUGCUGCUGCUGCUGUGUAG